GUAUCUUACCACCGUACGCCAAUAAUAUCAAAGCAAUAAACAUUUAUAUAUGAUUUAUAGAAAUAAUGUACACUUACUAUACAGCUUGAACAGCCUUUGGAUUUGUUUUUAUAGAAGAUUUUUUAUUUCUAUUUCUUUGAAGUUUUUAUUUCCGGUAACUCAGUUAAUUAAAGGCGAAAUUGAUUCAGAUCUAGGAUUUUUAACACAAAAUACAUUAACAGUUUUGUUUUAUAUAAGAUUGAAGAUUUCAUAUGUGAAUAUACUGCUUUAAGCUUUAUAUGCUGAAAAAAGUGACAGAGUAUCACUUUAAGUGAAACAAAACCAUGAAUCAUAAAAUAAAAUUUCAAAACUAAAAGCAGCAGUUAUUACCACCUGAAUUAGGAUAAAUCAUGGAUGAUCAGGACAGAAAACGUACCACGAUGUACAAAAUUAAAACUACGUGUGUGAUUGUAGGCGGAAUUUUGGUUCAUCUCUGUCUUGGCAGUUUCUAUAUUUUUGGAAACAUUAGCCCUUACAUGAUAUCGUAUCUACGUAACAGAACAAGUGAGCACACGUUGCGCAAUGAAGACAAUCUGUGGAUUGCGAAUGCUGCUUCGCUGGCCACGCCCUUUGCUUUGACGAUAGGCGGAUUGUUGGACAGAUAUCUUGGAGUACGCAUUGCCACAGGAGCUGGAUGUGUUUUUUACUGUUUGGGUGUAGCACUAACAUAUUUUACCAUCCAGAAAUCUUUAGUUUUCGUCGCUCUGUCUUAUGGACUUCUUUCAAAUUUCGGAUCGUUCAUUGCUUACGGACCACCUGCUCAAACUGCAGUCAAGUGGUUGCCAGAGAGACCUACAUUUGCUGUUGGUAUGAUAGUAUGUGGCUUUGGAGGUGGCGCACUGGUAUUUAACCAGGUCGUGACAGCUUACAUCAAUCCCGACAAUCUUUCACCGGACUUGGAGACGUCAGACGGAGAAAAAUAUUUCACCAACAAGGCAGUACUAGACAGAAUUCCAAGCGUCUUUUUACUGCUAGCUGGGAUCUAUGUAUGUGCGCAGUUCCUCGGUGUCCUUCUCAUAUUCACACAUCCAAGUGAGAAAAAAGAAGUAAGCAACAAAGACACGACACACGAAAAAUGUCAGUAUGGUGCCGUGUCUAAAGAUGAAGAAAAGCUCAGUGUCAACGGAGAAGAUACCGAGGAUAAUGAGAAUAAAAGACGUUUAUUAUUAGUUUACUUGAAUGUUUUUUUUGUUUCCAGACAAAUUUCUAAGGCUCCAGUAAAAACGGUCUUGUUGAAAGUGCUCACUAACAAAAACGCUUACAUCUGGUGGUUCAUCCUCUUUCUCAUAUAUGGCGGAAUGACUUUUGCUAACAGCCUGUACAAGGCAUAUGGACAAACUUUUAUAUCAGAUGAUCACUUUCUCGCCUUAGUCGGUUCAAUAUCUUCAAUAUUCAACUGUCUUUGCCGUCCAAUGUGGGGCAUUAUUAUGGAUAAAUACGGAUUUCAGGUGGCAGUAAAAAUUGCAUCCGCAUGUUUUGUAUGUCUGUCAUGUACAAUCAUGCACACAGAAUCGCUUGGUAAAAUUGCAUUUUUAGUGUGGAUAUGUGGACUUUAUGCGAGUUCAUCAGCUGUAUGGGCUAUAGGUCCAGCAACUUUAGCUAAACUUUUUGGAGUUGAACAUAUGGCCAUCAACAUGGGAUUUAUAUUCAUUGCUGUUACUGCUGCAGCAAUUACUGGAGGUCUCGUGGGUCUCAAUCUUCAAAGCGACUUAGGCUGGCAUGGGUUAUUUCUCCUGGCAGGUUUUAUGGGGGCAACAGCAUUCCUGAUUACAUUUUUCUUCGAUGGUAAAGACACAGAAGGCAGACCUAUAUAGUUAGAGACUAUGAAGAAGUAAAGAUGCAGCUGAAGGAAGUAAAACUAGUGAAUGCAUUGCGAUUAUAACAUAAUUUUAAUAUAUACAUGAACCGAAGCUUUGUCGAAAAACAUGAUGUUAUAGUUUAUUACUUUUAUUAAAGUGGAACAGAAUAUGGUAAAAUGUUAUAAUGAUAUUAUCGUAACAAGUGUGGGUAGAUCUUUAUAGGAGGAGGGUUUUAUAACAUUUUGGAUAUCCUGUAGUUUUGAUUGUGUAGCUGUUAAACAACGACCUUACAGAAUAAUGAGUUGUAUCUCUUUACUGUUAGAUUUCCUAUUUUUAAUUGAUAACCAUGAAUGUUUCAAAAUGGAAAAUAAAAAAAAAGCGUGAGUGAUAUUCUCAUUUACAUUCAAUUAAGAAUCGGAGACCAUGCGAAAUGAACGUUCAAUCCAUGAUUCAUGUUUAAUUUGCCGAUCCUAUUCUCUUGUUCAUUUAAUAUGAACUCAGACAAAAAAGUUAAUUCAGUUCUUGCAUUUACAGUAUAUUUCCUCUGCAUUUGUAAACAAGGUUAUAUUAUUAAUUACGCACAUUUUGUUGCAUUUAACAUUAAAAUCAGCUUCCCGUUCACUCCGUUCACCAGACGGAACAGCUCUGAUGUCAUCUAAAGAACGUUCUCCCUGACUGUACGCGGACGUCGCCAAACAGCGGCCCGUUAUCACUUAGCAGAGUUAUCGUAACUUUGGCGCCUUUCCUGUUACUCAUAGUUUUUAAUGGAAAAUAAUAAGGCAAAUGUAAAUAUUCUUAUUUGUAAAUGAAUAA